CAACUCAGCGACACAAACCGUAGGUGCAAUCACAGAUAUCUAUAAAUGUAAAUAUAUUUUCGUGUUUCACCAAAUCCCUAUUUGAAUGACUUCAGAAGAAGGUGAAUUUUCCCGUGAGUCUGAGCGAGUUCAUUUCGAUAGUUGCAGGUGGUUAUUUCCAUAGUCUUAUAAAGGAAGUUUUGUUGUGGAUUAGUUAUAUCAGCUUUUCUUUUUUGACUCGUUGUUUAGGCUAGUAACGGAAACUAAAGGGACUCGGAAGCGCUGAGUAAUGGCGGAAGGUGGUCAGGUGAACGCUGAUGAUGGGAAAUAUACAGACGACGCAAUAGACAUUCAGGCUGAGUUACCGUCAGACAGGACAUCACAAUUUGAUGAUGCUACUUUAAAAGCGAUGGCAGAGGUUUACUUGAAGGAUGGUGACAACGAGUACAAGAAAGGAGAGGCUGAAAACGCAGUACACUUCUAUACGGAGGGACUGCAAGUAAAUUGUAAAGACAUCCAAGUCAACGCCACGCUCUAUAGCAACAGGGCAGCAGCUCAAUUGUCUUUGGGAAAUUAUCAAGAAGCUUUGGAUGAUGCUACAGCUUCUGUUCAGUUGGAACCAACUUUUGUUAAAGCCAUAGAAAAUGGGGCCAGUGCAUGUGUCCAGCUUCACCCGUAUCAAGAAGCCAUUGACUGGUGUCAGAAAAUUGAGAACAACAAGCAGUUACUUGAUUUGUGUAAUCAAUGUGCAAGUGAGCCAACUGAUGGGACAGAUGAAUCAGGAACUAAACACGAGGUAAAGACUAACCGUCACGAGUACAGCGCAAAGAGCGAGGAGAAACAAAUCAACAAACAACUACUUCAAACAGCCGGCCUCUAUACGAUUGAAAUGGGGGACAAAGCUUUAGAAGGAGCGUGUUACUGCAAACUCGGAAUUUUUUAUCAAGGCCUAGGAGAUUUCGAAAGGGCCAUCCAGUAUUAUGAACGUCAUCUAAAAAUUGCCAAAGAAUUGGGAGACAAGACUGGAGAGGGAAAUGGUUACCAAAAUCUCGGUAAUGCUUAUUUUUACCUACGAGAUUUCGAAACAGCCAUCCAGUAUCAUGAGUGUCAUCUAAAAACUGCCAAAGAAGUAGGAGACAAGGCUGGAGAGGGAAAUAGUUACGGCAAUCUCGGCAAUGCUUAUCAUAGCCAAGGAGAUAUAGAAAGAGCCAUCCAAUAUCAUGCACGUCAUCUGAAAAUUGCCAAAGAAGUGGGAGACAAGGCUGGAGAGGGAGCAGGUUACGGUAAUCUCGGCAAUGCUUAUUUUAGCCUAGGAGAUUUCGAAAAAGCCAUCGAGUUUCAUAAACGUCAUCUAAAAAUUGCCAAAGAAGUGAGAGACAAGGUUCGAGAGGGAAAGACUUACGGCAAACUCGGCGAAGCUUAUUGUUCCCUUGGAAAUUUCGAAAGAGCCAUCCAGUGUCAUGAAUGUCAUCUAAAAAUUGCCAAAGAAGUGGGAGGCAAGGCUGAAGAGGGAGAAAGUUACGGGAAUCUCGGCAAUGCUUAUCGUUGCAAAGGAGAUUUCAAACGAGCCAUCCAUUAUCAUGAACGUCAUCUAAAAAUUGCCAAAGAAGUGGCAGACAAGGUUGGAGAGGGAAAUAGUUACGGCAAUCUCGGCAAUGCUUACGAUAGCCUAGGAGAUUUCGAAAGAGCCAUCCAGUAUCAUGAACGUCAUCUAAAAAUCGCAAAAGAAGUGGGAGACAAGACUGGAGAGGGAAUUAGUUACGGAGGUCUCGGCAAUGCUUAUCAAGGCCUAGGAGAUUUCGAAAGAGCCAUCCAGUAUCAUGAAGGUCAUUUAAAAAUUACCAAAGAAGUGGGAGACAAGGCUGGAGAGGGAAGGAGUUACGGGAGCCUCGGCAAUGCUUAUGAAAGGCUAGGAGAUUUCGAAAGGGCCAUCCAGUUUCAUGAACGUCAACUAAAAGUUGCCAAAGAAGUGGGAGACAGGGCUGGAGAGGGAAAGGGUCACGGUAAUCUCGGCAAUGCUUAUCAAAACCUAGGAGAUUUCGAAAGAGCCAUCUGUUAUCAUGAACGUGAUCUAGAAAUUUCCAAAGAGGUGGGAGACAAGGCUGGAGAGGGAAUCAGUUACGGCAAUCUCGGCAAUGCUUAUCAAAGCCUAGAAGACUUCGAAAGAGCCAUCCAGUAUCAUGAACGCCAUCUAAAAAUUGCCAAAGAAGUGGCAGACAAGGUUGGAGAGGGAAAUAGUUACGGCAAUCUCGGUAAUGCUUAUUUUCGCCUGGGAGAUUUCGAAAGAGCCAUCCAUUAUUACGAACGUGUUCUAAAAAUUACUAAAGAAGUUGGAGACAAGGCUAGAGAGGGAAGUAGUUACGGUAAUCUCGGUAAUGCUUACCAAAGCCUAGGAGAUUUCGAAAGAGCCAUCUAUUAUCAUGAACGUUAUCUAAAAAUUGCCAAAGAAGUGGGAAACAAGGCUGGAGAGGGGAUGACCUACUACAAUCUCGGAAAUGACUACUGGAACUUGGGGGACCUAGAAAGAGCCGUUAACUUGUACCGUUCUUGUGUGGUAAUCUUUGAAGGUGUCCGAGCCAGCAUGCGGUCCAAAGAUGAUUGGAAGAUUAGCUACCGCAACAUGAACAGGAACGCAUAUACUUGUUUGUGGCGUGUUCAUUUAAAACAAAAUCAAAUUUUGGAUGCACUUCUAUGUGCUGAACAAGGACGUGCACAGGCGCUCAAUGACCUUAUUUUCUUUAAUUAUGGGUCGGAAGAGACACAACCUCGCCCUCACACACCAACAAGUUCUGAUUUUGAGGUUUCUGUCGGCGGUGUUGUAUCAAAUACAGUUUUUAUGGCGGUAGAUGAUAAGGAACGCAAAAUCUACUAUUGGUUUAUCAAAAGCUCUCAAGAUAUUCAAUUGAGAAGUAUUGAGAUAAGUAAUUAUGGCUUCUUCAAAGAUGUCAAUACCUUUAUUGGAAGCUUAGUAAACACAGUGUCAAGAGAGUUUAAAAGAGGUGUUUUGAAAUGCGAAAAUCGUUCUCUUGAUGAGCCCUGCAAUGAGGAAUUGGUGAGGAAAAGGUCAGUCCAUGCUGAUACCUCUCCUGAAUGCUCACCGAAUGAAACUUUUCGGAUACUGUAUAACGUUAUCAUUGAGCCGAUUGCCGAUCUCGUAGAUGGCAUUGAACUUAUCUUUGUUCCUGAGAGCUCAUUGUGGUUAGUUCCUUUUGCUGCAUUGAUGGAUUCCGAGUCAAAUUAUCUCUGUGAGUCUUUCCGAGUUCGAAUGAUUCCAUCCCUAACUACUCUGAAGUUGAUUAACGAUUACCCAGAUGACUUCCACAAUAAGACGGGCGCUUUACUCGUGGGUGAUCCAUGUUUGGGGGAGGAUCUUUACAAGGAGCUGGGGCUCGAUCCACUGCCAUUUGCCAGAGAAGAAGUAGCCAUGAUCGGGAAAAUCCUUGGCGCUGAUCCUCUAAUCGGUGAAGAAGCAAAAAAAGAUGAGGUAUUGAGACGACUUCCUUCUGUUGGGUUGGUGCACUUUGCAGCACACGGCCGAAUGGAAACAGGAGAAAUUGCUUUAGCCCCACGAAGUGUCUGCUCAUCACAGCCCUUUGUUAAGGAGGAUAUUAUUCUAACAAUGAAAGAUGUGUUGGAUACUCACAUACGAGCAAGGCUGGUUGUGUUAAGUUGUUGUCACAGUGCUCGUGGAGAGAUUAAGGCCGAGGGAGUGGUUGGAAUUGCAAGAGCGUUUUUGGGUGCCGGUGCUCGCUCUGUUCUUGUGUCGUUGUGGGCGAUAGAUGACGAGGCAACUCUUGAGUUUAUGAAGUAUUUCUAUGAAGAACUGGUUCGUGGGAGGCUGGCCAGUGAAGCUCUUGACCACGCUGUGAAGAGCAUGAAAGAGUCUAAACAAUUUAGCCAUGUGAAAUACUGGGCACCUUUUGUACUCAUUGGGGAUGACGUUAGAUGGGAAUUAAAUUAAAGAUAAGAUUCUUGAAUAUUGUCAAAUGUAAGUAGGCCAAUAUUAAUUGAUGAUAUACUUUGAAGUAAGCCCAGAGCACGUUUGCACGAAGGCAGGUAAUCUCGCCAAGGUAUAUCUUUAUGCUAAUUAAUUUUAGUGAGAGGGCAGGAAACUGAAAUGGCUCUUAAGUUUUCGAAGAUGAUAUCAUUUUAGUCACGGAGUCCCAACGUGUAAUUUGAAAUGAGCUCCAAAAUGAUAUCCAAGUAUAAUGGAAGGCUUUAAUCAGAACAGAAUGACACCAUAUGAAUCUCAAAAUGAGUUAGUGGACAAUUGGCUUGUUCGGCGCUGACCACAUGGAUUUCUGAUAGUUCUACAAAUAUUGGUGGGUAAAAAAAUUUAAUGCUUUAGGAAUGCAUUUAAACCUAUGUCAAAAUGGAUAUUUAGAAUUGACAUUUUUGAUCUGUGUUACCUGUUUGUAGAGAAGAGGAGAUCCUUGCUGAUGGCUUUUUGACAACUAUUUGUAUCCAACUUCUCCGGCGACGAGAACUUCCUGAAUGUCUUUAGCAGUAUAGCUCGGCUGUCAGUGACAAAACGAAUUGCUUGGUUAGGCCUUUAAGGCGAAAUUCCUCAGUCAAAAACUUUAUUUUCUUAAUGCAUAGUACAAACUGCACCACAGUGUGUUGCCAAAUUGUAUGUGAACUAUGGUAGAUUGUACGUUUGACUUCCGAUUGAAUUUUGCUCAAGAUUUAGUUAGGGAUAUUUGUAGAGCGAAGCAGCUUAUCUCGCUAGUAGGUCGUGUAGGUAGUUUUUUCAAUCAGAGUCUUACAACUAUUUCAUUUUCAUUAAAAAGUUUCAUUCA